GAAGGAUGCUGAGCAUGUGCAGUGUGAUGUAGUGGAAGCCUGGCUGCAGAUCUGUGCUUCCAGCCUCUGCUUUUGUACUGGUUGAGAGCAAUUUGUUGAAAGAAGCAACUGUGUCCGCUGGAAGAUCUGACUGGUGUUUGCUCAAGGAUGUGUUUCAUGUAAUAACUGGAUGUGCAGUGACUGAAGGAAUUGUGAGCCUGAGUCAUCGUCAUUGGUUUCCAUGGGCUGCCAGGAGGUGCAUGCAGUGACUUUAUUUGCGUUUGUAUGUGGAACGGCCUCCAUAUCAGGGCUCUUUGCCGCUACUCUGCUACCACAGUGGAGACAGAUGAAACUUUAUACGUUCAACAGGAAUGAGAAGAACCUGAGUGUCAGUAUGGGCCUGUGGGUGAAGUGCACCCGAUUAGAAUGGAGCAGGGAGUGCAUGAUCUAUGAUACAGAGUGGUACGCAAAUGUGGAUCAGCUGGAUAUCCGUGUUCUGCAAUUUGCUCUUCCUUUCAGUAUCCUGACGGGAGCCUCUGCUCUCAUAUUGUGUCUGACUGGCAUAUGUAACACCACCUUCACCACAAAUGUGCCUAGUCUGAAGCUUGCCAAGUGUCUAGUCAAUAGUGCUGGCUGCCACCUAGUGGCAGGAAUGUUAUUUAUUUUAGCAGGCGUUAUGAGUAUAACUCCGUCCACAUGGGUGAUAUUCUAUAACAAUGUUCUGAACAGCAAAUAUGGGCCGUACUUUACCUACGACAUUGCCGUCUUUGUUGCCAUUGGAAGUGCUGGGGGAAUGUUCUUUACUGCAGGGUUGCUGUUUGUAUGGUACUGUAACUGCAAAUCUCUGACCUCUUCAUACUGGCAGCCACUUUAUUCACAUAUCCCAAAUAUGCCAAACUACAUCCCCCCAUCAUACUCCUCUCAUUCCCACUUGUCAGCCAUUGACAUAGACUUUCCUGUCACCUACACUGUUUAGCUACAAAUGUUGACAUGCUAGAGCUUUAUGCACUCCAUGUAAAUAGUUAUGGUGUUUUAUGUUGCCAAAUUGGAAAAUAAGAAUUUACUUACCGAUAAUUCUAUUUCUCGGAGUCCGUAGUGGAUGCUGGGGUUCCUGAAAGGACC